GAGCCAAAGAUCAACAUGUUGAAACUGUGGGCAAAAAGAUGUUUGUUUUAAGGUUCAGAUAAGCAACCAUAGGGCACGUCAAGUCCUGAAAUUCAUCGAAGACAACAAGGACAAGUAUUUUCAGCAUCAUCAUCAUCAUCAUCACACUCUGAGUUUCUUGAUAAUCAUCAGCGGACAAAAGCUCAGCAUCAGAAGGUUGGAAUGACAGUCAAAAAGUCCAGCAGCUCCUGAAGCCUUGAUCUCAGACCAAAAAAUGAGGCUUCCUUUCUGGCAAGAAGGUCUUAAUGCUGCAGAUGUUUAUGUGCAGAUGAGACUGUGGAUAAGGCAAGCAGCGGUGCACAUCCAGAGAGAGAGAGGGGAUAUAAAGCGAGGAUAACAGAAAAGGAACAGAAACAGAAACAGAAAAAAGUUGCAUAGCCUGGUGUCCACGCGUCGUCAUGCCGAGGUACAACUUCUUGCUGUGCUUGAUGGUGCUCAUCUCCCUGGGACAGUCAGGGAGCGACGAGCCCAAUCUGCUGCUGCCUCCUGCCAGCGAGACGCCCACGGAUGCCGGGCUGUCUCUGCUGGACGAGGACGCCGGCUCUCACGAGUGCUCCGCCUGCGUUUGGAGGGAGCAGAGCAAAGUGCUGAGGCUGGAGACCAUCAAGUCCCAGAUCCUGAGCAAGCUGCGGCUGAAGCAUGCGCCCAACAUCAGCCGGGAGGUGGUCAAUCAGCUGCUGCCCAAGGCGCCUCCUCUCCAGCAGCUCCUGGACCACCACGACUUCCAGGGAGACGCGUCGUCCCAGGACGAGUUCAUGGAGGAGGAUGAGUAUCACGCCACCACGGAGUCUGUGAUCACCAUGGCCUCUGAGCCGGAGCCCCUGGUGCAGGUGAACGGGAAGCCGAGCUGCUGCUUCUUCAAAUUCAGCCCCAAGCUGAUGUUCACCAAGGUGCUGAAGGCCCAGCUGUGGGUGUACCUGCGACCGCUGCAGCAGACCUCCACGGUCUACCUGCAGAUCCUCCGGCUGAAGCCCGUCACGGACCAGGGCAGCCGCCACAUCCGCAUCCGCUCCCUGAAGAUAGAGCUCAACUCCAGGGUCGGCCACUGGCAAAGUAUUGACUUUAAGCACGUUCUGCAGAACUGGUUCAAGCAGCCCCACACCAACUGGGGGAUAGAUAUCAACGCCUUUGAUGAGAGCGGCAAUGACCUGGCAGUUACCUCGCUGCGACCCGGGGAGGAGGGGCUGCAGCCAUUCCUGGAAGUGAAAGUCCUUGAGACGACCAAACGCUCUCGGAGAAAUCUCGGCCUGGACUGCGAUGAGCACUCCACCGAGUCUCGCUGCUGUCGCUACCCUCUGACUGUGGAUUUCGAGGCGUUCGGCUGGGAUUGGAUCAUUGCCCCCAAACGCUACAAAGCCAACUAUUGCUCCGGCCAGUGCGAGUACAUGUUUAUGCAGAAAUACCCGCACACCCACCUGGUGCAGCACGCCAACCCCAGAGGCUCUGCAGGGCCAUGCUGUACCCCGACCAAGAUGUCCCCCAUUAACAUGCUCUACUUCAAUGACAAGCAGCAGAUCAUUCACGGCAAAAUCCCCGGGAUGGUGGUGGAUAGAUGUGGCUGCUCUUAGGCUGCAGGGGAGACGCACACUUGUGUACAGCCACCAUCGCAUCAAACCACCCAAAACCCUUACGGAGCUCUCCCCUGGCACCAGAACCAACUCCAUGGCACCAGAUUUCACUUUGCUCAGCCACAAAAUCAUCCCACUGGGUUUCCAUUUUUUCCAGUAAUUAAAUUGAUUCUAACUGUAAAAAAAAAGUUAUAAAUGAAACAUGAAUCAAAAAAAGGACUGAGUGAUGGAAAUACAGUACAUUAUGAAUGAUUUAAAGAGGUUGUCCUUGUGGAGCAGCUUCAGAAAACGGUAAAUGAAACAAAACUAUGUUAUAGAGUAUGUGUUAGUUUUGUGGGUUUAUAAAGUUUUUUGUUUUUUUAAUGGCAUCUUUGUGAAAUGUCCAGGUUAGUGGAUUGAGAUGACAGGAGACAUAAGCAUUUACAAUAUUUUUAAAGCAAUUUCAGUUCAAAGGUGAGUUUGGAAAUACUUAAUUUCACAGAUACGCUAACUUACGGGUGAGAUUUGAAACACAAAAAUGUUUGCAAGGGGGCAUGAUCAGAAUUAUUUUGCAAUCCAUCACUUUAACAAAAAAAAGAACUAAAUCCAUGCUAAUGUGAGGAGGGUUUACUGUUAGAAAUACUCUUAGUAUAAAUCCAAAAUCUUGUUUACAGAUGUUUAGAGAUGUGCUCUAGAGAUGUAAAGUGUUGAGGAGAUCCAAAACCAAACCUAUACCCUCUAUUAAUGUAUAACACCCCAGUGUGACUUUCCCGAGUAUCUACGAAAACCUUUCACAGUUACUUUGAUCUUUUUUUAUUUGUAGUCUUGUAAAACUCAAAAAGGAAAAGGGAAAGAGGAGGUUAUACUAUUUGAACUCUGUCUUUCAAAGCGGAUAAAUAAAGCCAGUAUAGCUAUUUCUGCCAUUCUGCAAAAGUAGAUAAGACAUAUUUAGGUUUCACUUUCACACUGAAGUCUAAAACUAAAGUACUGUAAUGUAGAUGCACUCUGAAGUCAUUCGGCACCGCCUGGGAGAGGAGGAGGAGGAGGAGCAGGAUCCUGCAGGAUGACGAGAACACAUUUCCUUUCUUCUGCGUGACAAAAGGAAAAUACACUUUAACACCUUCAACUUUUGCAUUAAAUGUUUAAAACAGAGAAGUAAAUGCACUGUUUCAUAACUUGAAGAGGCCUGGGACUGAGCAUUAAUAACAAACAGAAAGCAAACCCUGAAAUAAAACACACGAUCUCAAAUGUUCACCCUGCUGCAAAUUAUUGAGCUGAAAAAAGCACAAAACAGGAUUACAGUAAUAUGACUAGAAGUUUACAUACUCAUACUUACAGCAGUGUUCCCAUCUGUAUUUAAAAAUACACUUACAUUUAGAAAGAGCAGUAGCUUCAUUAGCUCAUUCACUUUUUUUCAAUACUAUUUUCAGAAAAGAAGUAAUUAUAAAUCACAACAAACACAAAUCAAGAGAAUGUAACGCAACUACUGACUUUAGUUUAGAGAACAUAUUUGAUUGCGUUUUGAAAUGCCCCCAUCCACCUCCACCUCAACUGCAUCGUCAUGAUCAUAAAAUAUUGUUAGUGCUUGAACACAGUAGAUUAGUGACGCUUGAAGUCUGUCUUUGUCUCCUGGAUGUCAAAGCAAAGAUAUCCUUUUGUUGUAAACGAAAGCACUAUGCUGUUGGAUAAAGGAAGAGCCUUCUGACAUUAUAUAUAAAUGAUAUAUGUAUAUAUUAAAAAAAGGGGUACAAAAACCUUUUUUGGGGCACUCUACCUUACCAACAAUAAAUUUUGCACUAUGGGACGUUCAUGGCGUGAGGAGGUAAAGUGUUGUUUGUGUUUUACCAAGCACAAGAGAGCUUGUACAGUAUAGGAUUAAAAAAAAAAGAAACUAUUCAAGCUUCUGGUGAUAAACCAUGAACUAGAGAGGUUAUCACUUCUUUUUGAUACCAUCACGCUUUCCUGACUUUUGUCUGAAGCGGGGGCCUGUCCAUACACUCACACACUUAUAUCCAAUCUGGAACCUGGACGUACUGUACCAGCGGCCUGAAAGGCCUCCUUGCCCACUUUGGGUGAUAAGUCAUAUAUGUAUAAGUGUCUGGAUCAAUGAAAAUAGAAUGCUUUAACUGGAAAUGGCCCGCCCACCAACUUUAAUCUGUUACCAUGUUAGAGAGACUGCGUCCUUUUGACUUAAACAAUGUGUCGACUGUCUUGCAUAGACAUGUUUUUGCCUUUGUGUGUAUUUUAAGUGAAAGCACCCAUGUAAGAAUGGGAGGAGUAUCCAGGGAUUGUUAGCCAAAGUAGAGGAUGACAUGUUGUGUGCUGUAACUUUUGUGAUCGCAGGAAUAUGCUAGAACAUUUCAAAGGGAGGAAAAAGCUGGUUUAGGGGCAGUGGUUGGAAAUAAUUCAACUGGUCAAUUGUCUAUUUAUUAAUAUUAAUUACAAUGCAUUUCAAAGUCUGUCUACCUCACUUUAGCCUCCUAAAAACCUUGCUUUUUUUCUUUUUUUUUUUUUUUUAAUUUGUCAUCGAUUAAUCUGUGCAAACAUAACCUAUAAGAACCCCCCCACCACCCCCCAAAAAAUGUAGAUGAAAACCACAGGGUCCCCUUGCUCUCAGGUUCAGAUUGAGUUAUUGACGGAGUGACUGAUGGUAGCGGCUCUGGUAAUGUGUGGUCAAAAGAAAUAAUUAGCUGUGCCCACAUCUAUGGCUUGUUGAGAAGUUGCAUUUUGAAUUUUAGUGUUUGUAUACUGGUAUGUGUGAGAGUGUUUUCAUAUAAAUAUAUGAGAGUAAGAAAUGUAAAUACCUACCCAAAUGUUGACAUUUAUGAUGUUUUGGACAGGUUCGCCGCUUCUAAUGUUUUUCUCACUUUCCCCCUUCAUUCCUCUGUUCUUUGUGUAGUUUUUAAAAAAAAAUCACUCCAACUUUGUAGUUUAAUGGUUGUGCAUAUGAAUAACUGUUCAAUUGUUAUUUUUGCCUUUUGUUGUUUAUUUACUGUCAUUUUUCUUUUGUACAAUAAAUCAUUUAUUUAGCUUA